ACCAGCUUCUCCACCCCCUCCCUCCCUCGUCGGCGGAAAGCUCCCCGUGAUCUCGCCGUCGGCGCAAAGCUCCCCUCCGAGGCUCUCUCCGGCUGUCAAUUCGUCGGCGGACGGCCGGCCGGCGCGGAGAUCAAGCAGCCCCCCGGUCUCCUCUCCCAGAUCAGACCGCCAGGCGGCCAUGGCGACGCUGUCGGCGGGCGUGCUGCUGAAGCUGCUGGACGGGAUGAAGACGGGCGCGGCGAAGCCGGUGGGCGAGCACCGGACGGCGGUGCUGCAGGUGACGGACAUCGUGCCGGCGGAGAUGGACGAGGUGGACCUCUUCCCCAAGCACGGCCGCUUCUACGUCAAGGUCUCCGACUCCUCCCACUCCAUCUACGCCACGCUGCCGCCGGCCCAGGCCGACCUCGUGCUCGCCAACAAGCUCAGCCUCGGCCAGUUCCUCCACGUCGACCGCCUCGACCCGGGCUCGCCCGUCCCCGUCGUCGUCGGCGCCCGGCCCAUCCCCGGGCGACACCCGCUCGUCAUCGGCACGCCCGAGCCCGCCAGGAAGCCCGCCGCGCCGAGGAGGGGAUCCUGGGGCCCCGAGAACCAUGCCGGCGGUGGGGUGCUCGCCGCGUCGCCCAAGGUCGUCAGGCCCAUCGCGCUCAGCUUCGAGGAGAGGACGCCCGUCAAGGAGCGCCCCUCGCCGGCGCGCAGCUCCGCGUCUUCCGUCAGGAAGAGCACCAGCGUCAUGCCAAGGCUCAUGACCCGCAGCCGGAGCUUCGUCGCCGACCGCGGCGACCCCCCUCCGCCGCCCAACAAGAUCCCCAAGAGCCCCUUCCAACCUCUGAGCUGUUUGUGUGUGCAGGAGAAGAGCUCGCUGAGCUGCACGGCCGUCCGGACCAUGAGCAGGAGGCCCAGGGAGGAGCAGCCCUCCUCGCCGGUCUCCGACGACGACGUCGGCAGCACCGCCACCUCCUCCAAGCGGCGGCCCUCGUCGGCCGCCCGCGUGUCGGUACCAGGGAAGCUCAGCUCCCUCGGCAAGGAGGCCAUGGAGCAGAGGGAGCAGGCGCAGAAGGUGGCGCUGGAGGCGCUGCGCAACGCGUCGGCGACGGAGAACGUCGUCAGGAUCUACAAGAUGUUCGCCGAGGUGAGCAAGGCGGCGAGGCCGGACGCGCCCGCGGCCUGCUUCGACGGCUUCCUCAGCUUCCACCAGGAGGCCGCGCAGGCCGUGGCCGACAUCGAGUCCAUCCAGGCGGCCACCUCCAUGGCUGCCGCGGCGGCCACGAGCGACGUGCUCGCGGAGGCUGAGGCGACGCCGGCGCCGAACGUGCUCCAGGAGAUCGCGCAGAACAGGGCCACCACGCCGGGGAGGCGGCGCGGCCUGCUCGGGUUCGGGAGCGUGUCCAAGUCGGUGUCCUUCGCGCCGGGCACGCUGCAGGACCCUUCGUCGCGGCCGGACGGCGCCGCCCGGAGCUCCAGCGCCAGCAGGAAGUGCCUGGACAAGACGCCCGUCGGCGACGGCGACGACAAGAGCAAGAGGUCGUCGGCUCCGGCAGCGGUGGCGGUGGGCAACUCGCCUCUGGGGUCGUCGCUGAGGAUGGCGAAGCAGAUGCAGGCGGAGGCGGGGAGCUGGUUCAUGGAGUUCCUGGAGGCCGCGCUGGAGGCCGGGCUGAAGAAGAAGCGGAGCAGCACUGGCAAGGGGGCGACGGCGGCGCAGGGCUGCCCGCAGUCGCUGGUGCUCCGGGUGAUCAACUGGGUGGAGAUGGAGCAGAGCGGCGGGAAGGCCGGGCACCCGAGGGCGGCGGCCAUCGCGAGGAAGCUGAGGAUCAAGGCCAAGAACCCCUGAGCUGAGGCCCUCCUCCUUCCCCUGAUCGAUUGCUCUGCUCGUGUGCACUGAAGAACGAACACUGAAGCUCUUGUUCGGUUUUUUGUACUGUAUGUAUGAAUCAAUCAGAUCAAAAUUCGUUAUUCUUUCCACAGAAUUCGGCUGAGUUGUCUUGGGUGAUUCUUGUUGUAUGAAUGAAUCAAAAUUUGACGACU